AUGAUGUCAGUCCUGGGGAACGCCGGUCGCUUGAUUCAAUUUGUCAGGAGUAAUGUCAGUCUAAGCGUGAGAGGACGAGCCACUGCUGCAGCUUUGGCCCAUACUGCGACCCCAGAAAUACAGGACAAUAGGAAACCCAAGACUGGCAUCCUAAUGUUGAACAUGGGAGGACCUGAGAAACUAGAAGAUGUGCAUGACUUUCUGCUGAGGCUCUUCAUGGACAGAGACUUGAUGAAACUCCCCGUACAGAAUAAGCUGGGUCCGUUCAUUGCCAAGCGACGCACACCAAAGAUCCAGGAACAGUAUAGUAAAAUUGGAGGAGGCUCACCCAUCAAACGUUGGACCGCCAUGCAGGGAGAGGGCAUGGUAAAGCUGUUGGAUGAAAUGAGCCCUGAAACAGCACCUCAUAAAUUCUACAUCGGUUUUCGGUAUGUCCACCCACUGACUGAGGAGGCCAUCGAAGAGAUGGAGAAAGACGGAGUGGACCGAGCUGUGGCUUUCACACAAUAUCCUCAGUACAGCUGCUCCACCACAGGUAGCAGUUUAAACGCCAUCUAUCGUUACUAUAGAAGCAGAAGCGACAGGCCAAAAAUGUGCUGGAGUGUUAUUGACCGUUGGCCCACACACCCUCUGCUGGUGGAGUGUUUUGCAGAACACGUCAGUAAUGAGUUGCUGAAGUUUCCAGAAGCGAAGAGAGAUGAUGUUGUGAUUCUAUUCUCGGCUCAUUCACUCCCUAUGGCUGUUGUAAACAGGGGUGACCCAUAUCCACAGGAGGUGGGUGCCACGGUACAGAGAGUUAUGGAGAGACUUGGGCACUGUAACCCUUACAGAUUGGUGUGGCAGUCCAGGGUGGGGCCCAUGGCGUGGCUUGGCCCCCAAACGGACGAGGUCAUUAAAGGUCUUUGUGAAAGGGGAAAGAAAAACAUUCUGCUUGUCCCGAUUGCCUUCACCUCCGACCACAUAGAGACUUUACAUGAGUUGGAUAUAGAGUAUGGACAGGUGCUCGGUGAAGAGUGUGGUGUGGAAAACCUUAGAAGAGCAGAGUCCUUGAAUGGAAAUCCUUUAUUUAUGAAGGCUUUGGCAGAACUGGUCCACUCCCACUUGAAGUCCAAUGAACCAUGUUCCCGCCAGCUGACCCUACGCUGCCCACUGUGCACCAAUCCCACCUGUGGCGAGACAAAGGCCUUCUUUGCCAACCAGAAACUGUCGUAG